UGAGGGAGGACCUCUCUCAUUCUAUUGAAUGAAUGUAACGUCCGGUCUGCGCGUCCACACAGCACAUUGCCCACACCACGAAGGGGGCAACGCGCAAGAGUUCCCAUACGAAACAUACACAGGUCCCCAAGAAAUGCCUUCGAUGGCUUCACGCACAUGCGCGGGGUCCGUACUGCAAGAUGCACAUGAUGCAUUAUGCACAUGCAAAGAAUACAGCAAGCAGAGAAGGCGAGGAGUGCCAAUUGAGUGCGUGUACCGAUUAGACACGCUUAUCUAUCUACAGCAACAAACCAAAGGCAGGUGUGUCUCCCUCCCUCCCGGGUGGGGUGUGUGCAUGACACACGCCUCCCACCCAUCAUCCCAUACUGUCAGCCUCCUUUUCCACAGAAGACUUCCACAGCGUGUACAAGGCCUCGAUCAUCUUAGCAAACCCCUCCACGUUCACGUCAAAUGUCUUCACCGACGGGUACGCCGCGCUCUUCAUCCCCCUGGACCUCCUCGCCACCCUGCCCAUGUCUUCCAAAGCGCUGAUCCAGUAGUCCUUGCUGCCGAUCAUGUGCAGACCCAUCAAGCUCUCACCCGGGAUGCUGAUCGUCACCGUCGGCGGCCCUUCCAGCACCGGACGCCCCCUCGGCUGGAUGGCCUUGAUCGCGGGGCUCAGUCCAGUGUUGCUCGGCUGCUUUGCCGGCCGCUUGAAGACAGGGCUGCCCUCUUCACCCAGCUCUCCGAUUUCCAUGCCGCUCUUCUUGCCGCCCUCGGCCACACGGGAGAGAAAGGUGCCUGGAAUAGCGUGCACGCUGGCCUGGCUGGAUACGGACGCGCGGCGAGCACCUGAGCCGCGUCGCUGUGGGGUGUGUGGGGGCUGUGGCGUGGCGGGCUUCUUGUAGACGUCGAAGAGGUUAAGCUUGAUGCGCCGCUUCUGCUGCAGCCGCUGCUGCCGCUUGAUGAACAGAUCGAGGCGCUCGCGGAUGAGCCGCUCGGGCAGGAGGAAGUGCUCGAAGGGCAGGUUCAUCUGUGCAGAGAAGACAAAACACAUAUGGGCGACGUGUUUUCACACACGUGUCUCACUUGUUGACCUGUUCCGCUAGCAGGGCGGGGUCUUGUGCUGUCGCCCCUGUUGUGGCUUUUUUUCUCUUGGCAGCGAGGCCACCCUUGCCGUUCUGCCCCUUGGGUGUGGAGGGGGCCAGCUUGACCAGCCCGUGUUUCUCAAACAGGGCCCGGGCCACUGGGUCCGCCUUGGCGAUCACGUAGGGCUCCAGCUUCCGCCAAACUCUGUAGUAGGCUUCGCGGCGGGCCAGCCGACGCACCUGCACACGCAUGAGACCUGUCCAUUGCCUUACAUCCGAAUGAACGGAUCCCUCCUCUGUCACCUUGAGUGAUCGAAAUGCCCGCUGCACGGCGACAACGCUCUUGCGGAAUGUGCGGAUGAGAUGCGGGACGGACACCUGAGGCACCGCCUGCAAAGAAUGCCAUGGCAAUAGAGACACGCCAUAAUCACGUAGAGGGAGACAUGGAUGGAAUUGUUGUGGGCAGAAAAGACCCACUGAACCACUCACGCGCAUCUCGAGGAAGUGGAUGAUGACUUUUGCCGCGUGGAACAUGUCCGCCAUAUAGAGGUGCCGUGUCAUGACUACCAACGCCGCUCUGAUCAUCACACUGUGCUCCUGCACUGCCUUGACACGCACUCUUGUCAGGUGCCGCAGCCAGGCCCGCUGGAUCCGCGACGCAGCGGCCAUCAUCACAUCGUGUUUCCUCUCCGCCUCGAGGGCCAGCAGAUAGGACGACUCGCAGCCGCCGGCGAAGGAAGCCAAAGCGAGAAAUAUCAGCCACUGGCGUGUGCGCUCUUCGCUCAGCUCUGCUUCCAGCUGCUGCCUCUCGAGCUCUUCUCUCUCCUCCCUACGGACGUCUCUCUUCCGGAGGAAGGCCUCGUGGUGGGCGAGGGUCGCUGCGGCGAUCUCUGCUUUGGCACUAAGGGUGCGGUGGAUGGAGUCGCAUUUGAGCAAAGCGCGCUCGCGAAGACGCUCAUACUGACACCAGGGAGACUGAUCAUAUAAGAUACAUAAAGAGACAUGCAAGAAUGUGGGAAGCCUGGUGAUGUCCUUACUGAUGUGGCGGGUAUUAUCUCUUUGUUCAGGGCGACUAGGUCUUUUCCCCCCGAGUAGCCCAUCAGCUCCUCCCUUCUUCGCCUGGUCAGCGUCUUGAGUUUCUCGUCGAACUUCUGCCGCUUGGUUGGGUUCCGUUUGAGGUCUUCAAGCUUGGCCUCCCACCCCCGGUGGAUCCGCUGCAGCCGCUGCCUCAGCUCCUCCCGAGACAUGACCACCUUCACCUUGCCGAAGGUGCACUUGAUCUCGAAUUUGGUGUCCACCAGUCCCUCCACGCCCACAUAGAGCUCAGAAAAUGGCGGGGCGACGUGUGUGGGACCGCCCCGGCCCCCGCGGGAGGCCUCCUCGCCUUCCAGUCCCUCAUCGCCCUCCCCCUGUGGCGCGAGCAUGGCGUGCUGGUAGACAAGGGUAAGAGCGGCCGAAGGGCUAGAGGGGUCUACUGCUUCGCUGGUGGCCACUGCGGGGUUGAUCCAUUUGCCCCGGAAGGUCGCUGUCUUGGUCGUUGGCCGCUCAGUCUCGAGCGAGCCGUAAAGGUUGAUGAGAGGCGUGCUGGGCGAGCCUGUGGGGGGCGGGUUGGCGGGCGCUGUCGCAAGACCCUAGAAGAGAGAAAAGGAGGGGCUGAGCACCUCCAGAAGGUGUGCCCUUCCUCAUCAUGGGAUCAUCACCUGUGUUUUGCGAACGACCUCGACCUUGACGGAGACGGGCUUGUUUGGCAGAUGGAUCUUGUAGAACUUGUGCGCAUUGGCGGUGAUGUAGCCCAGCAGGCUCACGUCCUUCGGCAGAGUAAUCAGCGAGCUGACUGUCCCGCCCAGUAGACCCGUGAUAGUCGAGGCCAAGAGGUUGAACUCCUCUGCCGAGAUGGCGGUCGAUGCCGCGAGCGUCUCUUCAUGGGGAUGCGAUGCCGUCAGUCGCUCGUCCGCGAGGCCGCUGAGCUUCUGCUUGCCCUCGAACGACUCGAUUCGACGGUUGGCCAGCCGACUGAGGGCACUGACAGAUGCAAAUUCCGUUGGCUGCUCCGUCUUCUCAGUACUUGCGACAGUCUUGGUCUUGGAUGCCUGCGCCCUUCCCCACCAUUGCCGUGUCGUGACGAGGGCGGGCGGCAGGGUGCGUGUGGAGAGGGAGGGGUCGGUUGCGAUGUGCUCAUGGUCCUUGCCGGGCUGACGCUCAAAUGAGGGGACGCCCGAUGGCCACCCGGCUCUGCAAGCAGAUGAUUGAAUUGAUUGACCUCAUCCAUUCAAACAAGCGUCUCGUCAUUUUGCGUCAGCUUGGUUCACCUUGCCGUGUGCCUGCCCCGUGUUGCCCUGGUGGCGCUAUCGGGCGGCGUCUGCGAGGGAGGCAGAGCGAGAGUCAAGCUUAGUGUUUCGUGGAUGGGCGGGGGCGUCGGCGUGCUGCUCUCAGGGCACUUUAUUCCCAUUCUGCCGGAUAGCUUGACCCUGCGUGGCGCGGAAAGAACACACGGAGAAAGAAUGCUACGCCAUGCAUUGCGGUGUAAUGCUCGUUCCGCUAAUACACAGACGUACCUGCUGUAUAUGCCUUCUCGGCCGGUUCUGUGCUGUGGUGCUGUCUCUUUCGAUGCAUCUUCAUCUUGUCGGGGAACUGCUGAAGCUGCCCGCCGACCGGGGCUGCUUGCGGACGAGUCUUUGACAAGGGAUCUCCUUGGGUUUGUGUGGACCGCAGAGCCUCUCGUGCUUGGCGACGACAUGCUUGCGAGACG